GAAGCCCAUGUAGAGGGUGCAGCCGCAAACCCUAAAAAAGAGUUAUAAAAUGUGUCUCGCGCAAUCGCAAAGUAGCGGAUUUGGGGUUUCUGUAAGGAGCUGGAGUACCGAAGGAGAGAAGGGUUCUUGAAGCCGCCACGGAUUUCAACGAAUUGCAGAAAAGAUAAAAGAUAAAAGAUGAAGAUGUCGUAUAACAAGGGCUGUGCAAAUCCUAAGCCUGAGAAAUUUGUUUGGCAAGAAUGCACAAAGGGAUGUGCAAUUCCUGAGCUUGAAAAUUUUGUUUGCCAAUGCACGGAGGGGCAUUGUUUUUACUGCAAGCAAUUAUAUGCGAAUCUAAUUCAGAAAAAUGAACAAAAAUAUCUUGAAAACAAGAAUAAAUUCAACCAAUGCGCAGUGGCCUUUUCUGCAAGUCUCAAGUCGUUGGAGAAUACAAUGAAGCGAUUAAGGGAGGACAGCCUUGAACAGGGCACAACCAAAUCAAGCAAUUGCAACAUCAAUUCAGGUUACGACAGUUGGAGGUAGUUAAUAUCGCAAAGGAAGUGAGAAUGAGGUUUUUGAGGGACGGAAUUGACUUGCCGGAGUGGGUGAAUGGGAUUGCUGACAACAGAGUGAAGCUUGAAGGAGAGCAAGUGAGUGGGAUUGCUGACAACAGAGUAAAGCUUGAAGGAGAGCGGGUGAAUGGGAUUGCUGACAAGCGAGUGAAGCUUGAAGGAGAGCAAGUGAGUGGGAUUGCUGACAACAGAGUGAAGCUUGAAGGAGAGCAAGUGAGUGGGAUUGCUGUCAACAGAGUAAAGCUUGAAGGAGAGCGGGUGAAUGGGAUUGCUGACAAGCGAGUGAAGCUUGAAGGAGAGCAAGUGAGUGGGAUUGCUGACAACAGAGUGAAGCUUGAAGGAGAGCGGGUGAAUGGGAUUGCUGACAACCGAGUGAAGCUUGAAGGAGAGCGGGUGAAUGGGAUUGCUGACAAGCCAGUGAAGCGUGAAGGAGAACGGGUGGAUGGGAUUGCUAACAAGCGAGUGAAGCUGGUAUUAUUUUUUUUAUUAUUAUUUUUUUUUCUACUUUGGUGAUGGUAUGAUUUGGGUGUGGUUGUGGUGAUGUCUAGGUUAUCAAGGUGUUUCAAAAAUUUUAUUUUUUUCUAUUGUGGUGGUGGUGGUAGUUCUGGUAGCAUCUGGGUGUGUUGGUAGUGGUGUCUCGGUGUGAUAAUGGUUCUAAUUGCGUUUGAGACAUAUAAGUAUGGGUUGGCUACGGUUUUCAAUUUUUUUUCUUUCUCUUGUGAUGUUUGGGUGUGGUGGUGUUGAUUAUGAUGGUGUACAAUUAUCUGGCUAUUUUUUUUAAAAAAAAAUUAAAUUUUCUUUUUCCCUUUUAA